UCUAGUGGUGUGACGUUAGAAGGAGGCGGGUCCUGCGCUGGGUCACGUGAUACCGCUGCUUUGCAGCUCGAGCGACUAGAACGGAACCGAAUCACCGGGCAAACUCGCUCCGUUUACCGGCCCAGCGCGAUCUUUCGCCUCCCCUGACGCGUUCCAGCAGCGGCAUCAUCAUGUCGGCGGUGCAGCGGAUGAAAGUAGCAAACGAGAAGCACAGCAAGACGAUUACUCAGAGAGGACACGUGCAGAAAACCACGCGCGUGGUGAGUGAGGAGAAGUCUCCGGUGGGUCCGUGGCUCCUCGCGCUCUUCGUGUUCGUGGUCUGUGGCUCAGCCAUCUUCCAGAUCAUCCAGAGCAUCAGGCAGGGAAUGUAAGCGCCGUCUGAAGCCGCUCGCACUGAUCUUCCAUGGAGUUGUUUUCUUCUUCGGUUUAUCUGUUAGUUGUUUACAGCUGAUCUCAGUUAUGUAUGUGUGUGUUUGUUGUGAGAAUUGUUUGUGUUCAACGGUUGGACCGUCUCAAGCAUGUCAGGGUUGAAUGUUUUGGAAAGUUUUAUGAUGUGUGUCGUGUGAUUGGCUGAUUUUUAGUUUCAUUGUUCGUUUCCCACUGAUUCGUCUCAUUUUCAAGUAAACAAUCGCUAUGUUUCCAUCCAGAGUUGCGAAUUUAGCUUGUGCGCAAAAUUUGAAUAUCGCAUAAAACAUUUGCGGAUAAAGCAGCGUUUCCUUCCCAUGUGUUCAAGAGGACAAAAUCAACACUUCCUGUGAAACUCGGCACAAAAUAUCAGUAAUAAAAAUGGAAGUUGCUGCAAUCAGGCUCAUUUUUCCUUUUUUUUCCUUUUUUUUUUUCUUAUGCGAUAUCCCAAAAUGUGUGAUGGAAACAGCUAUUUAUGAGAAUUUGUAUGAACUCAGAGAAAUGGCCUUGUGUAAAUUCAGACUAGCCAUAUAAAUCUGUACCUCCGUUUCUCUUCCUCCCUCUUACAGGAAACUGAUGCUGUGUAAUAAUGAUUUUGUACAAAUAAAAGAUAUUUUCUCUA